CAGUCGCAUUAAAUAUAGUGAAACAAAGUGACAUACUGGAGUGUUUUUAUUGAAAUCUAUUUUAUUUAUCUUGUUCUUCUAGUGGUUUUUGGGUUAGGUGCAAGCAUUUCGGAAUAUUGUUAAAGAUUUAACUUAAGUACCGACAUAUAAUAGCUGAAUCAUCAUCACUAGAGAAGUAAGAACCAACUUCAAAAGAUCAUGAGAUGGCGCUUGAUGUGCGAUUACUGAUAGCAACAUUGCUGAUACUCACCACUGCCGCAACCGCUCAACAAGAUCGAUGUGGCUACAUGGUGUUAAUACCCAGACCAGAGAGGCCUGACUUCCCACCACAAAAUUUUGACGGUUUGACAUGGGCUCAGUGGCCACUGUUACCAGCUGAGGAUCGAGAAGACGUCUGCAUCAAUGACUAUACACCUGAUCCCUUUAGCACCAACCAUGGUUACCAGAAAAUUUACAUGGAGGAGGAGAUCGUAGAUGACGUGGCCAUUGCAAAGCUUAAUUACCGAGGUAACGGCAGACCUCAAAUACAAACACCUUUUAUCAUGGGAGCAGCCCACAUGCUUGGAGCAGAAAUUCGUAGAUACCCUGACGAAAAUGGAGACUGGCAUCUUGUUAUCACUCAGAGGCAGGAUUAUGAAACUCCUGGUAUGCAAGGAUAUAUAUUCAACGUGGGAGUGGAGGGCGAGUCGCUGGUUGUGAUGGUGACCCUAGACAUUGUGAACAUCGACGACAAUACUCCAAUCAUUGAGAUGCUAGAGCCUUGCAGCAUACCGGAACUUGGUGAACCCGGUAUUACAGAAUGUAAAUAUGUCGUGACCGACGCAGAUGGUGAGAUCAGUACAAGUGUUAUGAGAUUUGAAAUAGACAGCGAGAGAGGAGACGAACUAGUAUUCGAACUGACCAGAGAAAAUAUCCCGGGCGAUUGGUUCUCGGUGUAUAUGGUCCUUGAAGUGAAACAGCCUCUUAAUUAUGUUGAGAAUCCUCUACACAUAUUCAGAGUUACGGCUUUGGACUCGUUACCAAACCCACGUACAGUCGUCAUGAUGGUUGAAGUAGAGAAUGUGGAACACAGAAACCCUCAAUGGAUAACGAUCUUUGCUGUGCAACAAUUUGAUGAGAAACUGGAGAGAUCGUUCCCAGUUAGAGCUAUAGAUGGCGACACGGGAAUCAAUAAACCUAUAUUUUAUCGUAUAGAAACUGAAGAAAGAGACAAAGAAUUCUUCAGCAUUGAAACUUUAGGAGAAGGCAGAGAUGGUGCCAUGUUCCACGUGGCAGCUAUAGACAGGGACACACUAAAAAGGGAUAUGUUUAAUGUAACAAUAAUUGCGUAUAAGUAUGGUGAUAUACCUGUAUCCAGUAGUGAACAAGGACAGGCAGUUCAUGAUGACGAAGGUGAUAGUGACGAAGGUGGUCCACGGUUAUUUGAGACCCCAACGAAUGUGAUGAUCAUAAUUAACGAUAUAAAUGAUCAGAGGCCUGAACCUUUCCAGAAGGAAUACACGAUCUCCAUAAUGGAAGAGACUGCGAUGACGUUACCUUUGACAAACAAACAAACAAUCUUCGGUUUUCAUGACCGUGAUAUUGGUCCCCACGCACAGUACAAAGUUCACUUAGAGAGUAUACAUCCAGAGGGGAUUCAUAACGCCUUCUACAUCGCCCCUGAAGAAGGUUACCAGGAGCAAGAGUUUAUCAUUGGUACAGUUGACCACCAUAUGUUGGAUUAUGAUCGAGGCUAUGACCCCACGAAAGGAAUAAAGCUAAAGGCAGUAGCAAUUGACAAGGAUAAUAACGAUCACAUUGGAGAAGCAAUAAUAAACAUUAACCUUAUCAAUUGGAAUGAUGAACUGCCUGGGUUCGACAGAGAUAGCUACAACGCAGAUUUUAAGGAAACGGUCGAAGCUGGCUUUCGCAUUGGUACAUACCAGGCUACAGACGACGACAUCGGUGACAUUGUUGAGCACACGAUAUUGGGCAACGCUGCCAACUUCCUGAGGAUUGACCUAAUUACUGGAGACGUCUACGUGACAGUAAACGAUGCCUUUGAUUACCACAGACAGAACGAAAUCUUUGUUCAGAUUCAAGCUGUGGAUACACUAGGUUUGCCACAAAACAGGGCUACAACACAGCUAGUCAUACAUUUGGAAGACGUCAACAACACGCCACCUACCCUGCGACUGCCACGUCAAAGUCCAAGUGUAAAAGAGAACGUUAAAGACGGAUUCUUGAUAACCGAAGGGCUGACGGCGACGGAUCCUGACACAACGGCCGAUCUAUACUUCGAGAUCGAUUGGAAUGCCUCAUACGCUACGAAGCAAGGCAGGAAUGCACCCCCCACUUCAGAAUACCACGGAUGUGUAGAAAUCCUGACGGUAUACCCAGAUCCUAACAAUCGCGGGCUAGCUGAGGGACACUUGGUGGCACGUGAGAUCAGAGAGGGCGUGACCAUCGAUUACGAGGAGUUUGAGGUGCUGUACCUCGUUGUGAGGGUGAUAGACCUCAACACCGCCAUUGGCGAUGAUUAUGACGAAGCAAUGAUGACGGUGACAAUAAUCGAUAUGAACGACAACAGGCCGUUAUGGGUGGCGGGCACGCUGACACAACCACUGCGCGUGCGUGAGAUGGCCGACGAAGGUGUCAUCAUCGGUACCCUGCAGGCCACCGACAUCGAUGGCCCUCUCUACAACCGAGUCCGUUACACCAUGAUUCCCAUCAAUGACACUCCUGAGGAACUGGUAAAGAUCGACUACGUCACCGGUCAGCUGACUGUGAACAAGGGGCAAGCAAUUGACGCAGAUAUUCCACCGCGCUUCCAUCUGUAUUACAAGAUUACAGCCAGCGACAAGUGCUCCCUUGACGAGUUUUUUACAGUAUGCCCACCUGAUCCCACCUUCUGGAAUACCGACGGAGAGAUAGCGAUCGAGAUAACUGAUACGAACAACAAAGUUCCACACGCGGAAACAGAUCAGUUCCCUAAAGAAGUGCGCAUCUACGAAAAUGAAAGUAAUGGUACCGUGAUCACUACGAUCAUAGCAAGCGACUUGGACAGAGAUUACCCAAACAACGAGCUGACGUACAGAAUCAACUACGCAUUCAACAAUAGACUGGAGAACUUCUUCGCAGUGGAUCCUAACACUGGCGUUCUGAGAGUACACUUCACUACUGAGGAAGUGUUGGACAGGGAUGGAGAUGAACCGGAGCAUAGGAUCAUCUUCACCAUCGUCGAUAACUUGGAAGGCGCUGGAGAUGGCAAUCAGAACUCCAUCUCCACGGAGGUGCUUGUUAUACUGCUUGAUAUAAACGACAAUGCGCCGGAACUGCCAGCUUCCGUUGGCGAAUUCUGGACCGUUUCCGAAGGUGUGGUCGAGGGAUACCACAUUCCACCAGAGAUUCAUGCACACGACAGAGAUGAACCAUUCUCAAACAACUCUCGCGUCGGAUAUGAAAUUCUAUCAGUCACAUUGAUCAAUAGAGAGAUUGAACUUCCUCAAGAUCCAUUCAAAAUAGAAACGAUUAGUAAUUUCGAAACCUGGAGAUUCGUAGGAGAGUUGGUGACUACCAUGGACCUUAGAGGAUACUGGGGCACCUAUGAAGUCGAAAUACGUGCGUUUGACCACGGUGAGCCGCCACUGUAUUCAAUCGAGACCUAUGAACUAACCGUCAGGCCAUACAACUUCCAUUCACCGGUGUUUGUGUUCCCAACGCCUGGCUCAACCAUCAGGCUUUCCAGGGAGCGUGCCAUAGUCAAUGGUAUGCUGGCUCUGGCUAAUAUCGCGAGUGGAGAGUUCCUCGACCGACUCUCCGCUACUGAUGAAGACGGGUUAGAAGCAGGCAGAGUGACUUUCUCUAUAGUUGGAAACGAUGAAGCUGAGGAGUAUUUUAAUGUGUUGAACGAUGGUGAUAAUUCAGCACUGCUCACACUGAAACAAGCUUUGCCCGAUGGUGUCCAACAGUUUGAGUUGGUUAUUCGUGCCACGGAUGGUGGGACGGAGCCAGCACCCAGGACCACCGACUGCCCCGUCACUGUGCUGUUUGUGUUGACGCAGGGAGAGCCUGUGUUCUCCGAAAACUCAGCUACUGUCCGUUUCGUAGAAAAGGAAGCUGGUAUGUUGGAGAGGUUCGAGCUGCCUCAAGCCGAGGACCCCAAGAACUACAGGUGUACGGAAGACUGCCAUACCGUCUACUACACUAUCAUUGACGGCAACAACGGUGACUACUUCGCUGUGGAACCGGAGACUAACGUGAUCUAUUUGGCGAAGGAGCUGGACCGCAGCGAACGGGAGCAGCAUAGUAUAGUGAUAGCGGCUGCCAAUACGAUUGGCGUUACCACAGCCAUGCCUUCCUCACAGCUCACCGUCACCAUCGACGUCCGAGAUGCGAACCCUAGACCUAUCUUCGGCAGAGAACUUUACACUGCUGGCAUCUUACACACAGAUAACGUACACAGGGAUCUCAUUUACCUUACGGCAACACACACUGAAGGACUCCCUAUCACCUACUCCAUAGACCUAGAAACCAUGCAAGUAGACGAGUCGUUACAAAUUGUUAUGGAGGACGCCUUCAACAUUAACUCUGAGACCGGGGUUAUCUCGCUGAACUUCCAGCCAACAUCGGCUAUGCACGGCCACUUCGAUUUCGAAGUGGUGGCUAGUGAUGCAAAUGAAGUGAGUGAUCGAGCAAAAGUUAUAAUCUACAUGAUAUCGACACGUGUCAGAGUAGCCUUCCUGUUCGAAAAUACGGAAGCUGAAGUCAACGCGAGAAGAGAUUUCAUCGCGCAUACAUUCUCGAACGUGUUCGAUAUGACGUGUAACAUAGACAGCGUGCUGCCCGCUACCGACGCCAACGGCGUGGUGCGGGAAGGUUACACAGAACUCCAGGCGCACUUCAUCCGAGACGACAUGCCGGUGCCAGCCGAGUUUAUUGAAGAGUUGUUUUCGGAUGUCAACGUAUUACGUAAUAUCAGUGACGCGUUGAGUAAUCAGAGCUUGACGCUAGUAGACGUACCAGGGGGGACGAUGGUACUGCCCGGCGGAGAUUACGCCCUGGCGGUUUAUAUCCUCGCCGGUAUCGCAGCAUUCCUCGCCGUCGUCUGCCUCGCUCUCGUCAUCGCUUUCUUCAUCAGGAACCGAACGUUGAAUCGCCGCAUCGAAGCUCUCUCAACCAAGUAUGAUACUAUGGACACUGAGCCGACCCACACCACAGUUGAAGGGCUAGGCCUUAACAAAUACGCUACCGCUCCCAACCCCUUCAGCAUCGAACCGAAUAUCAAAGCACCUAACUUCGACACUAUUAGUGAAGCAUCCGAUGACCUGAUCGGCAUCGAAGACAUGGAACAGUUCGGAGACGACUACUUCCCGCCCGAAAACGAGAUUGCAAAUCCGGCUUUUGCACGUAACCCCAUAGCGACCCAUGGAAACACCUUUGGCUUGAACUCAACCCCCUUCAACCCCGAGGUCGUGAACUCCCAGUUUAAAAGUUAAAUUAUUAUAUUUUUAUUAGUUGCAUAGUCUAUGAAUUUAAUAUGUAAUGUGAUAAAAUGUACGUUAAAAUGAACAUAACUGUUGUACAAAAUAACAUACUCGUAAUGUAAAAGUGUUCUGUUUUUAUAUAGCAAUAAAAAUAUUUAAUAUUUCUUUAUAUUUUAUAUUUAAUAUUUUAUACUUAAUACUAUUAAUAAUAAAUCAAUA